GAUUUCACCUCCUAAAAAUUUAUUAGUGAUCACCAAGGAUCCUUGGUGAUCACAAAUAAACACAAGUCGGUUACCUAACUUACUUAUUAUUUUCAAGUCGAAGGUUGGAGUUCACUGGCAGCUUUUCCCAUGAAAUAGCGCACCAUCGGGCCACGGUUGCUUGUUUGUUGAGAAAGUGGCCUCGAACUCAACAGCAUGACGACGCACUCGUCCAUUUGUCAAAUGUUAGAGGAGAAGAUCACCGCGAGGAAGAUGCGGUGCCUGGUGCGCGAAUUCGGCUCGCUGCCGUCGACCAACAGAGCGCUCGUCUGGAGGUUUCUGCUGCGAACGCCCCAAAAUCACUCCAGCUUCUGUGCCUUGGUAACGAAAGCUCUCGAACUGGACCUGCCCGAAGACUGGGUCAAGUGGACCAAAAGGCAGAACCUCCGACCUUUCACAGAAUCUCAGUUCACCAGGGCCUUGAAAUGGUUGAUUGCUUGGAGUCCAGAACUGACUUGUUUAGACUUCCUGCCUCAAUUUGUUCUCCCUUUUGCCUCCGUUCUUGGUGGCGACCCGAUCUCAAGCUUUGAAGUCAUCGUGACUGCAAUAAGAAACUGGGGCGUCCUUUGGUUAGAAAUGUGCUCGGAGCCGCCCUUUCAGACAAUGACUCUGAUAGAAGAGUUGCUGGAGAAAUUUGGUCCUGGUGCCUUGGAAAUUCUGAAGAGGAAUUCUGUCAGUAUUGUGUCAUAUGCGUGGCCUCUGUUGGACACGGGAUUCUCGGCGGUGCUGAAGGAGAAAGACUGGCGCCUCUUGUGGGACCACCUGACCUGCAACCGACUGGCCCUCUAUGUGUCUGCUGCGGUUGCCUUCGUCUGCUGCACCGAGUCGACCCUCAGGCAGGCCGCGGCGCUUUCACUUGACCUAAAAGGUCUCUUUUUGGAGCAGCAGGAAGUGGAUAUGAAAGCGUUCCUAAGGAAAAGCUACGAGAUCUACGACUCUGUGUCCAACUGGCCCGCCCACUUGACCUGUGAGCUGGUCGUCUUGCCCACUGGACAAUAUCCUAGUCUUGAACAGUUCAUGAACAUUAAACCUGAAGCUCGCAAACAUUCUCCAAAGAGUGAAAAAGACUGCCAGUCAAGUGACGAGACUGAUGCGUUGACAACCACCGAGGUGCAGGAAAAGGAUGACUGCACCGACGAAAUUUUGAGUGCCUUGAUGUUCAGCCAUAAAAUUAGAGAUGCUGUCGACAGUUGGAAAGGAGCGGCAAUCAGUGCUGUUGAAGAUAAGAAAGUUCCAAGGUCUAAAAAAUAGGUGCCAGAAACCAAAAACCUUCAAAUCUCAAGCUGCUUUUAAUUAAGAUUUAAGCAAUUUUCAUUGUUCAUAUCACUUAUUGCUUCUCAUAUGAGGCGUAUGUUAUAUAUGCUUCUCUGCCAUACCUUGAUUGUAAAUCAUUUUUGAAAUGACUGAUUCUCGAUUCUGACUGCAGUCUACGUCAUUAUGUCAUACUUUAGAUUGUGAGGGCGCUGAGAAUGAACUGUAAAGGGAGCUAAAAUUGCAGACAAAUUAUUAUUCAAGUUGAAAUGGAGGAAAUUUCAUUAAUUUAAUGUUCAAUAUUUACGUUUCUUCAAAAAGCUCCACACUGACAAUUAGAAGAUUUGCGUCGCUCUCAAUGGCCCGAGACUUUGUAAUGUACAUAAAAGACCUGAAAUGUUCCGCAAAGCAGAUGAUAUUUUAUAUUUUGAGUAGACAAUAAAAAAAACUAUUUAAUUAGCUUGUUACGUAACAAAAAUUAAA